AAGGGGGGUUUUGCAGGGGCUGGUGGGUGCGCCCUGAGUGCUGUGUUGUCAUGGAGCACAGAGCUGAGUGAUGUGUGCAGUGACCUGGGUCCGGUCCGGCUUCAGACACCCACCCAUGGCUGCUUGGAAUUAGAGCAUCUGAGGUUGCUGAGUGAACGUUGUGGCAGGGCAGGUGGAACGGGGACUGUGUGGCCCACGGUGUUGGGGUGGGUGAGUCGGGACAGCUGGGGCCGUGUGAGAUGUGCACGAGUGGUGGCUGCUGGGCUCUGGGCAGGGGCACCGUGGGCUGUGUCCUUGUCCCAGGUGAAGACACGUGUUUACUUUCCACAGAUGAGCAGCAACAGCAAUAAGAGAGCUCCAACCACAGCCACCCAGCGACUGAAACAGGACUACCUUCGGAUCAAGAAAGACCCAGUGCCUUACAUCUGUGCCGAGCCCCUCCCUUCCAAUAUUCUUGAAUGGCACUAUGUGGUCCGAGGCCCUGAGAUGACUCCUUACGAAGGUGGCUAUUACCAUGGAAAACUAAUUUUUCCCAGAGAAUUUCCCUUUAAACCUCCUAGUAUUUAUAUGAACCCCAAUGGGAGAUUUAAGUGCAAUACGAGGCUGUGUCUCUCCAUCACGGACUUCCACCCAGACACCUGGAACCCGGCCUGGUCCGUCUCCACCAUCCUGACGGGGCUGCUCAGCUUCAUGGUGGAGAAGGGCCCCACCCUGGGCAGCAUAGAGACCUCGGACUUCACGAAAAGACAACUGGCUGCACAGAGUUUAGUGUUUAAUUUAAAAGACAAAGUCUUCUGUGAGUUGUUUCCUGAAGUUGUGGAGGAGAUUAAACAGAAGCAAAAAGCACAGGACGAGCUCAGCAGCAGACCCCAGGCGCUGCCCUUACCAGACGUGGUUCCCGACGGGGACACGCACCACGGCCAGCACGGGCUGCAGCUCCUCAACGGGCACGCGCCGGGGGCCGGGCCCCACCUCGCGGGCUUCCAGCAGGCCAACCGGCACCACGGACUCCUGGGCGGCGCCCUGGCGAACUUGUUUGUUAUAGUUGGGUUUGCAGCCUUUGCCUACACGGUCAAGUAUGUGCUGAGAAGCAUAGCACAGGAGUGAGCUGCACGCCGGACGCAGAGGUGGUCGAGAGCGAGGGACAGCCGAGCCUGACGCUGGCUGGCUGGACGCACCAUCCGCACAGGGCGGACCCGCCCGACGCCUGGGGUUAGCUUUUUAAAAACCAUUAAGAGGAAAACAAAAACCAGAGUGAGGGGCUUGGACUGGAGCGUAGACACGAGUCCCGCCCACGCGCCCGGUCUCGGCUGUGGAGCUCGGGUGGCGGAGGGGCCUCCCGCUGUGGUUCUGUACCUCAUCUCCUGCAUUGUCCUUGGACAUGUUUUAGUAAACCUGUUUUUCAUUUUAUAGAUUUGAUCACUUAAAAUAUAAAACUCAAUGCCUA